GAGAUCUUGUCGCUAGUGUCAGAUGAUGUGUUUGGCUCAGGAGUGUGGAGUGCUGUAAGGGUUUCUCGAAGUGUUUGUUUAAUUUUUAGCUCAAAAAUUAGGUUUUCUACGUCUCCUUAAUUUCAGAUAAUUCCGUUUUGUUUUCCUUCAUCGUCCAAGCUAGUUUGUUGACCAAUUAGCUAGCAUGUUAUUGUUAUUUAGCACGCUAACUAGGUUACUUGUGCAGUUUCAGGCUAUGAAGUUGUGGUACAGCAGCUUUGUGUAUACGUAAACAGCUUUUUUUUUAAAUAUUAAAAAUUCAGGAAACCCCAUUUGUAGCCUGGGUUUUUGUUUUUAAUGUGUAAUGAUAAUGAAGGUGUCGGGCAGGGUGUUCUUGUGCGGCUAUGGUGGUCUCCUGGUUAUAAGUAGUAGUUUGUUGUUUGUUUACGGGAAUAUUCACAAUGAAGAGGAUGAAUGGAUUGAUCCAUAUGACAUGCUCAACUACGAUCCAGUCUCAAAAAGCAUGAGAAAGCCUGCCGAGGCCUCCUGCUACAAUAAUGUACCGACUAAAAGAAGGGAAUACACUCAGGAUACAGGUCAAGUGGCUCAGUGUCCAGAUGUGAAGGAAUGCACCGACAAGGUGAUCAGGUUGCAACGAGAGAUUGAAGAGCACAGAAAGAGGGUGACAUUUUCCUCCCAACAGCCAACAUGUAAUCCUGUGUUCAAGCGCUUCCUCGCAAAGCUUCUGAAGGAAAUUGACAAACUUGGCUUGCCCACUGCUGUUACUGCCGAAAUGCACUAUGAUGCUGAGGUGAAACUUUCCAAGCAAAUGGUGGCGGAAAUCCAGAAGCUUGUCACUGAUGAGAGUGGCUGGAGAACUGGGGCUCUGGAUAAUGCUCUUAGUCAAAUACUCAUCAACUUUAAACUCCAUGACUAUGAGGCCUGGAAGUGGCGCUUCGAAGACACGUUCGGUGUGGAGCCCGACACUGUUAUCAAGGUCUCUCUCAUUGUCUUGAUCAUUGCGGGCAUAAUCUGCACUGAGAUGUGGUCUGUGGUGUCCUGGUUUGUCCAAUUUAGGAGAAUGUUUGCCAUAUGCUUCUUUAUCAGUGUAGUGUGGAACUGGUUCUAUCUCUACAAGAUUGCCUUUGCUGAACACCAGGCCAACGUUGCAAAGAUGAUGAACAUCAAUGAUAAAUGCACUGGAGUGAAGAAAUUUGACUGGAUGGAUAAUUUCAAAGAGUGGUUUCGGACCACGUGGACUCUUCAGGAUGAUCCUUGUAUGGAAUACUACAAGGCCCUGCUUGUGAAUCCAAUCCUGCUAGUGCCUCCAACUAAGGCCAUCACUAUGACCAUCACCACCUUUAUUACAGACCCUCUGAAGCACUUAGGACAAGGCAUUAGCGAGUUUCUCAAGGCCUUACUGAAAGACCUGCCCAUUACUCUCCAGAUACCCGUGCUUCUUUUAAUCGCGCUCUCUAUCGUGGUAUUUAUGUACAGCACCGGCCAAGCAGCUGUACAGCAUGUUGUGUUUAGGCCUGUGCGGGGCGGACGUCGGGAUCCUCCACCCGGCAUUGCACAGCAGCCUGCCGCUCCUCCCAUGCAGGACCUGGAGGAAGGCAGAGAAGAAGAAAGGGAACAGUUAGCAAGAGGUGACGCCAACCGCGCCGCACAGCCCAGACACCGUAUAGGACAAGACGGCAACCAAGUCAACCGCGUGGGUAACGACCAAGAGGACAGCAGGCCCGAAAUUCGCCAGAGGAGACCCAACAGACGAGACAGACGAGAGCCGCAGAGGGAGUGUGUGGAAACCCUACGGAGCGCAGACUGUGGGGAUGAGACAGACACCCGGGAGGAAGCAGCAGCCCAGGACCAGGCUCAGCAUGUGGAGGAAGAAUCUCAGACUCUCAGUCAUGGGCCAAAGGAGGAAAAUGAGGCGUCCGCAUCCAACACAGAAGUGCAACGCACUCAACCUGCAUCUAAGGAGCACAGUGCUAAAAGUGACUCUAAAGACAAUAAAACGGCAGGAAAUCCUGAAAGAAAUGAGCUUGGGGAUUCAGCAAGUGUAGGAGGAGAUGCAUCCAAGAAAGAAGACUGUGUUGAAAAUAUUGGCACUCCGGUACAGGAAACUGUGCAGUAAUGCUUCUGCUUUUUGAACUGGCCCUUUUUUCUUAUUUUAUUUUUUAAUCAUUGUAAUCUGACUCUUUUUUUAAAAAUAAAUAAAUAAUUUAUAAUUAUUUAAUGCUCA